UGUCUUAUUUUUUGUUUAGGGUGAAUGAAAAUUUAAUUGUGUCCAAUUGUUUUUGUUUACCUUAUUGAAUUUUUAUCUAUUAACUUGGUGAUUUGGAUUGUGGUUUAAUUAAGGAUUAUCCUGUGUGUCAUCAGAAAAUAUUCCAUGGAUCAAGCAUGAACGGAUUCUCAUUUAGUGGAUUUUGCUGCCUUUUCUGCUGCCCUCCGUGUCCAGGUAGAAUAGCAGCCAAGUUGGCAUUUCUCCCACCUGAACCAACUUACAAUUUUGUUUUGGAUGAGAAAAAUAAUAAAUUUACACUUGAUUUAAGCCAACGAGCCGAAUGGCAAUAUCUUCCAAGGGAAUUAGAUCAAAUUGAGGUCUUUUUUGCCCGUUCCUCCCGAGGUAAUCGUAUUGCUUGUAUGUAUGUUCGUGCCUGCCCCAAUCCAAAGUUCACCAUCCUUUUUAGCCAUGGUAAUGCUGUUGAUCUGGGUCAGAUGAGCAGUUUCUAUCUAGGACUUGGUUCUGAAAUCAAUUGUAAUAUAUUCAGUUAUGAUUAUUCUGGUUAUGGUGUCUCCAGUGGUAAACCUUCAGAAAAGAACCUAUAUGCAGACAUUGAUGCCGCCUGGCAGGCCCUGAGGUCUCAUUACGGUAUUAGCCCAGAGAAAAUUAUACUCUAUGGUCAAUCAAUAGGUACUGUGCCUACAGUUGACCUUGCCUCUCGUUAUGAGGUUGGUGCUGUGAUACUACACUCGCCACUUACGUCCGGUAUGAGAGUUGCUUUCUCAAACAUUAAACGAACCUGGUUCUUUGACGCAUUCCCAAGCAUUGAAAAAGCACCAAGAAUAACAUCACCCGUUUUAGUUAUCCAUGGAACUGAAGAUGAAAUAAUUGACUUUUCACACGGUUUAGCUAUGUACGAAAAAUGCCCCCGUGCUGUUGAACCUCUAUGGUUGGAAGGAGCUGGCCAUAACGAUGUCGAAUCUUAUGGCCAAUACUCUGAUAGAUUGAAUCAGUUUAUUAAUGUUGAUUUAAAUCAAAGCAACACUUGAUCCUUCAAAUAAUCGUCUAUCAUCAAGCAUGUAUUCCCCCCUCUUCAUCAAACGCUCUCAAUUUCUUUUGUCCUCUCUUCAAUUUCUUUCUAAUAUCUUUAUAUCUGUCUUUUUUUUCCUGCAACCAAAACAUCAUUUCUUUCUACGUCCCUUUACUUAUUUACAAUGUAUACCUGAAACUUGUUUUACCAAGUAUUUCUAUGAAUCUUAGCUUCAAACAUACCAAUUCAGCCUAUCCCCAUAUCAUCAUUUUGAGAUGCAUUCUCGUUUUUCUCACUUUCUCUUUUUUGAUCAGGUAUCCAUCAAAGCGUGUUUUUUACCUGUUAAAACUCACUUUAUUUAAGAAAACAAAACUUCUUUAUCAACCUAUCUAUACAUAUUUAUAAAUAUAAACUCUAUCUCUUCUCUUUCCUCCUAUUCUCAUGUCUCUCUAUCUCUUCCUUCUUAUUAUUCCUCUCUUAAUCCUUCUUCUUUCACUUUUCUAUGUCUUUCUAAUCUAUUUCUUUUUCUUUUCCUUGCGCCUUAUCCAUGAAAUAAUUUGGCUGCACAACACAAAAAACACAAACACACACACACAAGCAAACUUAAAAAACAUACACGUAUUAAAAUCAUUUCUUGAGUAAAA